GUUCUGUGUGUAUACCACAAAUGUUGCCAUAAAUACAAUAAAAUAUGCUUGGAGUCGGAGUUAAAGUUCUACUUUCGUACGAUUUGUUUAAUUUUAAUUUGUUACUAAAUGAUAUAGCAAGUACAGACCUACAAUUAAUAGUUUUAACUUUUAUUCUGGUGCUUUGUAACUUCACCAAAGUUGAAACAAUAUAAACUUUAAACAGGUAUAAAAAUAAUCUAAUAAUCUGAUAUUAAUUAAACUUAAGCGCAGGGCAUAAAUCGACCAAUCAAGAAAGCUAGGCUAGGAAUAGGAAUAAGGAACAUAACAAACUAAACAUUAUUCACUUGAAGAAGUAUUUGAAGAAAGAUGAUAUUGUAAAACUAAACAUAUUUUGGAGGAUACAUCCCACCCUCUUCAUCACAGAUACUUAGGAUCGUCUUGUUCGGGAUGAAUUCUUUCUGUCAGUGCGAGGACUGAAAGAUAUAAUUUAAAAAUUCUUUCGUUCCCCAAUCUGUUAGAAUUUAUCAGCCUGCUUCCCUGAAGUCACAAAUCUUAAUGAGAACUAAUAAGUCCUUGAUAUGACUAAGAGAACUCUUUGAAUGGCUGUGAAAUAAUUUAUUAAUAUAGUCUUGUGUUCAAUUUUUUAAAAUUUAUGUGCUGAAAAUGUACCAUGCAAUCAUAAAACAUUUCCAGUUCCUUUUCUUUGGAUCAAUAAAAGAAUCUUAUCUUAUCUUUAUACUUAGAGUCAGACUAUAUAGUCUUUUAUUAGACUCUCUUUAAGUCUUUGACUGCAGGCUCCUCAAUAAUUAGUGUAAUAUUGCUCUUGGCUUUAGUUUGCCUAGAAGUGCAACAUGGAUGCCAUAGGCAUAGGAGCAAAGUAAAGAUUACACAUGUUCUUGGGGUUUACCCAAAAAUGUGGGAUUUUCUGGUACUUUUGCAGUUAUAAUUACUUCCAAACAUUAAAAAAAAUUCUAAUUCUUAAAAAAUAUUAUUUAUAAUAAGAUUGAUAUUUUUUUUAUUUCAGGGUAGCCACUAGAAAAGCCUAAAUUUAAACAACCUGAUUUAUCAUAAGGACAUAUGUAAAGCCUAUAACUAUAACACAAAGAGUCAUUGUCAUCAUAUCAAAGCAAUAUCCCCAGGAUGAAGACAUCAGCAUAUGCAAUCUUAAUUCUCACUUGUACAAUUCCUGGGAACUGUUUCAUACACGGUAGUGGUGUUGCUGCUGGACUGGCCGCUAUUGGUUCAGCAAUUUUUACUGCCUUUGACACCUUCCGAUGUCGAUUUUCCUCUUGUUGUGAUGAUACUUGGAUAAUUAAAAAUAUAACAGGUAUACCGGUAAUCACAACAAUGCUUCAAGUUUAAUAGGUAUUUUGUUUAAAUGUGUCAGCUCCACCUUAAUUUGUCUUUAAUUGAUAUGAGAGUUCUUGUCAAUAUAAGCGCAGCAGUCACAUAUGUGUAACUUCAUUGUUUUAUCACUGAUUAGGAAAUCUUGUCGUUAUUUUUUAAAAUUUCUUAACUUUUAGCUAAACAUUGUCAUAAAAAAUUUUGAUUUUUUAGCAAGAAACUUACAGAUUUCUUCCUUGUUUUGUUAGUUGUAUUGCGUAAUUUUAAUUAUAUUGAUUUCAGCCCACACUAAUUAAUAAUCAACAAUAUUUAUUUUAACUGGAAAAAUUAUUAAUGCAAAUGAAUAUAGAGUUGCUCCUCGUAGAAUAAUACCAUAGUCUUUUAAAGCUUAAUUUCCUCCUCUAAACCCUUAAAAUUAAAAGUCAUUAUUCUUUUUUCAUUUAAGGUCUAGAAUCUGAUUUGGCCAUGAAACUUCACGGUCAACACCUUGUUCAAAAGACUGUAAUUGGUCAUAUCAAAGGUCACUUAAGGUCACCUAGCCCUCCUAAAGCCCUGGUCCUUUCAUUUCAUGGUCCUACUGGGGUGGGCAAAAACUUUGUUAGCCGUAUCAUCGCAGAAAAUUUAUACAAGGAUGGUCUUCGUAGCAAGUUUGUUCAUCUUAUCUCUGCAACAAAAGAAUUUCCCCAUGAUGGUAUGAUUCCCUUUUAUAAGGUCAGUAUAAGGAAAUAUUCAUAUCUAAAUCUUAUGAUUACCUUGUGAUGUACCGGUACAAUGGUGGGAGAGUUAAAAAUUAAGCAUCCAUUAUUUUUGGCAACAUCAGCGUAAAAUGCAAAAAAAAUAUUACCCGUACUGAUUUAUUUUUAAUUUUCAAAUAUUGCCAUCCCACCUCCCCAAUAUUGCCAGUCAUUUUUAUUCUCAUAUUCUAGAUCAGGAGUGGGAUAACUAUGACAAGUGGGCCGCAUGCAGUCCAGCAACUGAUAUUAUGUGGCCCUCGAAGGCAUUUAGAAAUAUAAAAAAAAUACUUUGUUUUUAGGUUAUUUUGAUGAAUUUUACAGAAUUUCAUGUACCGUUAUGAUUGUUUGAACAUUUUUUAUCAACUUUCUUUCUAAUUUUCUUUUUUUUAAAUACAGUCAUUGACUUUUGUCAUGUAAUGCUAAAAUGCAAAUUUACUCAUUUUAAUAUAGAGAAAUGUUUAUUGACAUGUAAAAAUUGGAUAUAAUAUACAUGUGGCCCCUCAAUAGCUUUACAUAUGUUAAUGUGGCCCUUCACACAAAAAGUUUGCCCACCCCUGUUCUAGAUAAAACUUAAUAUAUAUGUUCAUGUCCAAUCAAGAGAAAUUAUACAUUUUAGUAUUUGACAUAUUUAAAAAAAAUUCAAUUAUGCAUUAAAUAAAACGUUAUGGUUAUGUCAUAACUACAUAAGUCAUGCUUCCAUUUUCUAAGUUCUAAAGUUAUAUUUGUAAUCUAUUAAAAAAUAUUAGAAGCCCUUUUUUUUACAAUUAUAAAAUGUUCUGUUACUUUGGUAGGGGGUGCAAGACCAAGUCGAGCAAUUUAUAAGGGCCGCAAAACUGAAACAAUGCUUAAGGGGUUGAAGACUAUAGAAAAGGUUGGGAAACCCUGUUAUAGAGAAUCUUAUACAACACUUCUGAACUUUGUUCUCUGUGCAUUCAUUUAUCAAUGAGAAUGCAAAUCAACCUAGUCUAUUCCUUACUUCAUUGUUAAACAUAUAAGAUCAGGAACACACUUGGUCACACAUACUCUCUUCCCAUCGCAGCUCACUAGUCCUACUCAUUUACACUGGCAUUCCUCACCUUAAAAGAUACCUAAUCUAGUCAAAUUUAUGUCCAAAUCAACAAAUAUGACCUAAUCAAUCUGGGAUACUUGUGUAUCUGCCACUCGCCUGCAUUUGGAUGACCAUACCCCAAUCUUCAAAAGAUAAAGAUUUAAAGUGUGUUCACAUGCGGCCUGGCCCUUUACAGUAACAUUACAUAUAAAAAACAACAUGCAGAAGGUGGUCAGCUUUGAUCUUCUCUAAUCAAAGAGUAUCUGGUUACUCUUCCCAGUUUUUUUUUUUUUUUUUACCCACUGGUCAUCCUGACAUAACUCAAAUAGAAAAAACUGUUUGUCAUGUUAUUGAUAAAAAGUUAGUUUCCCUGUCAAUGUGCAUGGUCAGUUGUUUAGAGAAAGAAAGAUGCUAAACUGUUUCCUCACCAUCCUCAGUAACUCCCUCAAAAACAACUAUUACCCUUACUCUCUGAAACAAUCCUAAAAAUAUCUACUUUUUAAAUUUUAUGUUUCUAGGAUCAACUGAAAUCAUGGAUUGAAGGCAACGUGUCACACUGUGAGCGCUCCAUGUUCAUUUUUGAUGAAGUAGAUAAACUUCCUCCCUUGCUGCUAGAUGUUAUAAAACCUUACCUGGAUUACUAUGAGCAUUUAGGAGAUAUCAACUACAGGAGAUCAAUUUUCUUGUUUCUCAGGUAAGUUUAUUUGAAUUAAAAAAGAACCAGAGUUUAACAUUAAAGGAUGUUGUCGACUACGAAAGAUUCAUUUUCUUACUGUUUGUUUUUUAAUUCUUUCUAAAAAAUGAAGAACAAGUUUGAACAGAAUAGUGAAAAUUAUUUUCUAUAAUUUUGUUUCUUGACCUAUUUAUUACCUUAGAGAGAUAAUUAAAAUAAAUUUGAUUAUACUAUGUAUUUUGAAUUACCUUAAAAUAAUUUUUGUAUCAUAAACCAAGCUGAAUUUUUUAAAUGUCAUUGUUGCUCAGAUGGCUGUUUCUUUUAGAAUUAGAAUGAUAAGACAUUUGGGUGGCAGAGGUUGGAAUUUUUUCCUGUGGAAGGUGCUCAGGGGCAAAAGUUUAGGGUGAUCUCCUAACACACAGACCAUUUUUUUAGGCAUGCCUGCUUUGUCACUCAUUUGUAAGUAAAGUAAUGCUGAGUAAGUGAGUGGGGGGUGAGCUGCAUAGAUUUGUGGCAGGAUGGAGACUCUUGUUCUCAGGAUGUGGCAGGAUGGAGACUCCUGUUCUCAGGAUGUGGCAGGAUGGAGACUCUUGUUCUCAGGAUGUGGCAGGAUGGAGACUCUUGUUCUCAGGAUGUGGCAGGAUGGUUGCCAACCAUAAAAUAAUGUUUACUGAUAAAUACCAAGUUUUAGUGAUAAAAUUUUUUUUUACUGGCAUAUUUUUAAUUAUAUUUUUAUAAGGUUAUAAAAUGUCAUUCUCAUCAGUGUUUAAGUUCUCCUACUUAUGAUCAUCAACGUUAAAAGCAAAAAGAACCCCCCCCCCCAACGCUGUGAAUUCCAUUUUUGUACGGCUACAAAAGACUUAAGGAAAAUUAAUCAUUUUAUCAGUGUUUAAGUUCUCCUACUUAUGAUCAUCAACGUUAAAAGCAAAAAAAACCCCCCCCCCCCCCAACGCUGUGAAUUCCAUUUUUGUACGGCUACAAAAGACUUAAGGAAAAUUAAUCAUUUUUAUGGACAUAUUUAAGUUCUUACUGACUUUUACUUUUACGAACAGGUCAUUUCAAGACAAAUUUUACGGGCUUUCCAUGUAGGGCCAUAAAUUCCUGCAUUGAUAUUCUUUCUUAUUCAGUAUAUGUUGAUCUCACUCAAAAGAGCCAAGUCAAGUCUCCUUGGGAUAUCUGUAGCUUUAUUGAUACCUUUCCAAUUGCUUGACACAACAUUCUUUUUUUCCUGGUUUAGCACUCGGAGGCAAUGAUCUCUUUUCCCUGGCAAUCACCUCACAUUAUAAUUCUCGUUCUCGUAGGUCAAUCGGUUACGCAUGAUUUGUGUUAGUCUCUCCAGAUAUCCUGUGUGUGUCAGGCCCCUAAACCCUAGUGUGCCUUGGCCGUAGCAUGACAAAACAGUUCAUAAAUGUAUGGAUGGUUGGCUACUCUGCUCUCGUUUGUUUUAAGGAGAACAAAGUUAUAAGCAUUUAUUUAUAGACUGAUAUGGGUCAUUUAAUUUUCAAGAAAUACUUUUAUUUAUUUGAUAUAAAGAAAUAUUUUGUUUGUAACUUCUUUUCAGUAACUCUGGUGGAAGUGACAUCGGUAAAAUCAUUUUUGAACACUGGAAAGAUGGAAAAACAAGAGAAACACUCGAGCUAACAGAUGUAGAAAACUUUGUCAUGAAGUCAGCUGUUAAUGAUAAUCAAAGUAAGUUCACUGUAUUUUAGUAACAUUCACAUGCCUUAUUAUUGCUUAUGUUGUACAGGUUAAAAGUCACUGUGAAACAAAAUGGCGAAAGAGGUAACGUAAAGCUUACCUAAUAGUAAAUAAUAAUUCUUUAGGUGAGACAAAACCCAAAGUUAGAACAGAAAACUUUCAUUAGCGGAUAACAUUCCAAAAUAAUAAUUGAUAGAGGCAGAAGAAAGAAAAAGAAAGUUCACGCAAAUGAGAUGAGUGGAAGUCUGCCAUUUUGACCCAACUAUUCUCAGAAAGGAUUUCUAUACAGUAUAAAAAUUAAACCUCAUUUAAUGCAACCCUUUCCAUCCAUAUCCUACAAUUGUGCUUUAAAUGUUUAAAGUAAUAUUUAAAAAGGGAUUAUAAAUUUAUUUAUAAAUAUUUAAAUAUCAGCCCUUGGAGGUGAGUAACUAGCAAAAUUAUUGUGUUUUUCUCUGAACAGUAUGAGGUAAUAUCGCAGCAUAUUGUUGCUUGUUAAUUGAAAAAUCUCUAAAAACCUGAUAAUUCAAUUAACACAAAUUAUAAUAAAUGUCCUAAAACAUGAUUUUCUUAUUCUUUCUUUAAUAUUUACCAGAUGGCCUCUGGCACAGUCAGCUGAUUAGCAACCAUCUUAUAACUGCUUAUAUUCCAUUUCUACCCCUGGCGAAGGAACACGUCCGUAAAUGUAUCCGAGAUGCCAUGGUCACCAAGCGGUAUUAUAUUGACGUCAGCGCCGUUCCUGACACCAAAGUAGACCAGGUGAUCAAACAACUGACAUUUAUCCCAGAAGCGGAGCAGGUGUUUUCCAGCACAGGUUGUAAGAGAGUGUCAGAAAAAAUUGAUUAUGUCAUGAUGGGAGGCAGCCUCAGCCAUUUAGAGCUUUAGAUCAUUGUCCGUUACCUGCAUGUCAUCCAGCGGUGAAGUAUUCUUGUAGUGGUGCGUGUCGAUGUGAAAUAAAUUUAGAAAGAUGUGUUUUAUCAGCUUUCAUCUGGGAAUUUUGUGAUGAAGUUGAAGUCUGUAUCUUAACAUCUGAAUAACUAAACAGUUUGUGGAAUGUAGGGGGCGCCAGGGCAGACAAAUGUUACUGAGAGUUGAAACAUUGUUUGAAUUGUGGUAUCAAGAAGACAAAAAAAUCGUCAUUUAGAACUUGUCAAGUUAAUGUUCAAACUCAUCUUUAAAGUUAAAGUGUUUUUUUUUUCUUUUCAUCUUCCAAAUGACCAUGACCUAUUUUUGUGUAGAGAGACUGGAAAACAUGUGCACAUUAACGGAAAGCUUUAAUUUUGUGGGAAACAUAUUUUGCCAUGGUUGAGUGUAUGAUUUCUUGAUAAGCUUCAUGUGUUUGAAAUCUUUAUAAAUCUUUCUUUUUUAACACAUCAUAUUGACUCAAGUUUCAUGAGCUUUCAAGGAUAGAGUUCAUCUCACUUGCCUGUUCCAUACAUGCAGCAAUGGCACAUUGGUAUUUUUCUGUCACAGACUGAUACAUUUGUUCUUUUAGCUUGCCUGUUAUGUUAAAUAUAACAGCUGCUAAUAUUAACUUGAUAUAUGAAUUUUGUAACCAACAAAACAUUAUUACCUGAACACUUCAAAGGUGAAGAAAACAAUGGAAUAUAGUUUCCCUUUCAUCUUAAAAAAAAAUUACAGUAAAUUAAUAUUUUUUCAAAAAUUAAAGAAUUUCUACUUCUUUUUGAAAGUUAUUCAAUUCUUCUAAAAUGUUCAAGUCUUUUUAUGUUCAUGACUAGAUAAUGUACUAUAUUAUGAUUACAUUACAUAUAAUAUAUGUAUGCAUGUAUUAUGUUCUCAUAAAUUAAUGUUACAUACAAUGUUCUAUGUAUUUAAGGUGGCCAAUAAUGUUUCCCUGUAAAUUAUACUGCUGUUUUAUAAUUCACCCUGAUAACAUAUACACCUCAUCAAGAUCCACUUGCUGAAGAAGUGCCAAACCUUCUAUUGCUGCUCUAUACAAACAUAAGGAGCUAUUUUGCAGCUGCUUACUUAAGAUGAUAGCGAAAGGAUUUUAAUUUCUUUUCUUGUAUAUUUAGUUGUGUAACUGCCUGUAUUUUUAUUUCCACCAGCCAUCUCAUUUAAAUACUUAUAAUUGUAAUGUUUUUCAGUGAAAAUUAAAUUGUUGUACUAAUUAGGCUAUACAAAUAACUCAAUUAUUUAAAAGCUUAAAUAAUACACUAGUGUUGUACAUAAUUAAUAAUUACAGAGAAUAUGUUUGAAUAUUAAUUUAUUGAUAUGCCAAUACAAUUUCAGCCAAUGUGAAAAAAAAAAAAUGAAAGAAAACAUAAAUUAAUGCCACUGCCAAAAAUUGUUAUAAAGAUAGUGAAAAUUAUGUUUAUUUUCAUAUUUUUUUGCUCUUAGAAAUUAAAGAGUGUUAUGAAAUGUUUGAGUUUUAAAUGAAUCUCCAAUCCAAUUUCUUUUCCCUUUGCGUCACUGUAGACAAAAAAGGCAUGUGUAAAUAUUAAAUCUUUAAUUAUUAAACAUGAAUGUUAACAAACCAUUAUCGUAACAUACAAAAUUACAAAAGUAAAACUGCAGUUAAAUAGAAUCAGAAUAAUAAAAGACUUCUGAUUUUCUCUGUAAUAAUAGUAAUCUCAAAUAUAAUAACAGGAUCUGUUGUCUUGUUUACUUUGUGAUGUAUGCUACUGCUAGCAAAUUUGUAUGUUAAUUCAACCUAUGGAGUUUCAGAAAGUAGAGAAAUAUGGGAAUGGGCCAAUGUGAUCUAUUGUUAGCUUCAGUUUAUCUGUGUAAUUGUUGGAUGGAAUGCUGGGAAAUAGUAAAUAAGUUUAUUCUUCAUGUGCCAUUUUAAAUUUUGUGUCUACUUUAUGUAAACUUUAUCAUGUUGACAAUUGUAUACAAUUGGAAACAUUGUGAAUGUUUCUCUUACAUUUAUUUUUCUGUAUUGAUAUAAUAUAAUCAUAAGUUAAAUGACAUCAUUUAAAAAUAAGAGGACAUUUCUAUUAACACAAAUAUUGUUUUUUAUUUUGUUUACUUAUGGAACCAAUGAACUAGUUUAACAUGUGCCUUACCCUUUGCAAAUGAAUAAAAGAUCAAUUUAUGUGAAGGAAUCAUAAUACAUACUGAACAUAUAAAAUAUAGAUAAAGGGGCCAUCCACAAUUUUAUAUAUAAAAAAAGGCAAAAAAUAAAAAUUUUAGACACCCCCACACCUCCCUUCAGUUGCAACCCAUACCUUUUUGGGCACCCCCACCAUUCAUGUGUACAAUAAGCUUUCACCCCCACCCCCACCCAAUCUCUUAAUAAAUUAAAACGUCGUGAUUUUUUUUCAUCAUUUUUAAAAUAAUUAGUGAUCGAUUUUGCUGUCAUUUUUUUUAUAAGAUACAGUCAGAAUUUCAAGAUAGUUAUUGCACAUUUUGUACAAAAAUUUAUAUGAGCCCACCCAUGACAUACUUUUCCACCAUAAGCACCUGUAUGCUAAAUUUCCAAAAUCAAUCCCCUCCCCUCUCAGUCACUUUUGCCAAAAGUUAAAAUAUGAUUUCAGCCAUAUAAAAUAGAUAUGUGCACAAAAAUUGUUAUGAAAUAUUUUUCAAUAUGGAAUUCACUUUACUGAAUCAGUAAUUUGAUAGGACCCAAUAUGAAAUCAUUCUACACUGCCCUUUUUUUGUUUAAAUGAGAUGCUUGAAACAGAUUUUUAAAAAAAAAUCUUUAUUUUAGGACAAGAUAGUCUUAGUGUAGUAAUCAUGAUAUAUAUAUAUAUAUAAACACUUAAAGGGCCAUAUUACUCUGAUUGUAUUUGUUUGACAGCUUAUUGGCCUGGCUAACACACCACAUGAUGGUAGGCAGCAGUUAGGCUUAUUAGUAAUUAGCCUGGCUAAUACACCACAUGAUGGUAGGCAGCAGUUAGGCUUAUUAGUAAUUAGCCUGGCUAAUACACCACAUGAUUGGUAGGCAGCAGUUAGGCUUAUUAGUAAUUAGCCUGGCUAAUACAUCACAUGAUGGUAGGCAGCAGUUAGGCUUAUUAGUAAUUAGCCUGGCUAAUACACUACAUGAUGGUAGGCAGCAGUUAGGCUUAUUAGUAAUUAGCGUGGCUAACACACCACAUGAUGGCAGGCAGCAGCCGAAUCCAUUCAUUUAAAUUAAUCUCCUAAUUUCUUUUUUAAAAUUUUAUUUCCUACAAAAAUUGUCAUACUAUAAUGAUGGAUCUUCAAGAGUUCUAAGGUAAAUUGAAACAAUAAAAAGUAAA